AUGCGUCUCUCCGUCAUCUUCACCGUCGUUACGGCCGUCUUCGUCUUCGUCGCCACCGUCACUGCUAACAAGCACAAGAAGACGCCUUGUGAUAUUUGCACCGAUGGCUACAACACUUGCGAUGACCGCUACCGGAAACACCGCAGCGAGCGCAUCUGCAAGGCCGAGUGCGACUGCGAGAAGGGCAAGGACGAGACUUGCCACAUGUGCGGCCAUGUUACCACAGCCAUUGCUGGUAGCGACCAGCCCACCUGCGACGACUGCCCCUCCCGCAUGGUCGGCUGCCUCGAAAGCUGGGAUGGAGGCAAGUACUGCAAGGUCGCCUACAAGUGCCAGCUCUCCCAGGUCGACAUUUUCUGCAAGGACAUGUGCCAGUACGGCUGCGACAAACCUAUGGGUCCUGAGCUCCCGGCAGAUCCUCCCCAUUAG